UUUGAUAAGACAGAAAUCAUAAAUUUUAUUUUAAAGUUCAGGCUAUUUCAUGAUAUGAUUCCUUCAUCCUUGUAGCUAUUUCGCUGUUUGCUAUAUUCAAUUAUUUCAAUUUAUAUAUAAUUACAUUUUAUUGACAUACAUUAAUAAUUUUCUUUUUAAAAUGGCUGCUCGAGAAGCCUCUAAAUGUGCAACUAAGGUAGUUAGACCAUUGUUAUCAUCAAAUAAAUCAGAAGCCAAAAAAAGAGUUUUAAACUUAUAUAAAACAUAUUACAGGCAAAUUCCUUUGAUAUUGUUUGAUCGUCAUUUACCUGUUACAAAAGAAGAAUGUCAAAAAAAGUUGAAAGAAGAAUUCUUAAAAAAUAAACAUAUAACUGAUGUUAGAAUCAUUGAUAUGUUAGUUAUUAAGGGUCAGAUGCUGUUACAAGAAAUUGUUACCAAAUGGGCUCAAGACUGUCAUGUAAUGACAUUAUUUAAAGAUACUGUUGAGCCAAAGCCAAAUGAUUUUUUGUCAAAAUUUGUCAAUAGUAAUGACUCUCAAUAGAAAUAUUAACACAGCUUAUCUAUUUGUUAAUAGUUGAUUCAAAGAAUUACAUAUACUCUUAGGAAUAUGAAACACAAAUUGUGUACUAUGUUGUAACAUACAAUAUAAAAAAUUAGAUUACAA